AUGCCAGUAAAACAGACUCAAGCUGCUUACCCCGUCAUCGACUCGGACCCGCAUUUCUGGAGGGUGGUGAGGUACAUGAGACCUACGGAUUAUGCCACUUGGGCGGGAGCGACGGCGGCUGGACCGGGGUUGUUCUGGUUAUAUGAACGAGUAGACCCAACACAAGCUACCAAAGCAUCCUUGCGAUCGGCAUUACGUCUCACUGGCUUCUUAGGGUUCGCAGCUGGUUUCAUGUUAGCUUAUCAAAAUUCGAGUUUCCGUUUUUGGGGAUGGAAAGAAAACUCGAUAGAAGUUACCAAAGAUCAAGCUGAAUUAUCUCAACGUGCGAAGAACGGUCAACCGUUAUAUGGUGAAACGGAAUUAUCACCUUACCUCCAAGGUGUAGCUGCUAGGAAUUCGACUUUCAGUCAAUUGAAACUACAUGCUUUCCCUUGGUGA